AUGGAUUAUAUCGUUGUAAAUGAUGAAGACGAUGAUGUUGAACAAAUCAACAGUCCUGUCAUGAAUACUGAUAAUGAUGAAUUAAUUGCUAUUGAAUUAGAAAUGGCUGAAAUCGAUCAGCAAAUGAAUAGUCUUCGUCAACAACGUAAUCAUUUAGCUAAUCGACAAAAAAGACUUAAAGAAACAAUUAAACAAAAAGAACAAUCGACAACAACAAAUUUAAUUGAACAAUGGAAACGAACAGAUUUUUCUUGGAGUUCAAAAAUAGAUGAAGUUCGAACGAAUAUAUUUAAAAUAAAUUCAUUUCGACAAUGGCAACUUGAAACUAUCAAUGUUACACUUUCUGGUUAUGAUUGUAUAUUAAUUAUGCCAACUGGUGGUGGUAAAUCAUUAUGUUAUCAACUUCCAGCUAUAAUUUCCGAUGGAAUCACAAUUGUCGUAUCACCAUUGAUAUCUCUAGUUGAAGAUCAAAUUCAUGCACUUCGAAAACUUAAAAUUGAUGCUCGUGCACUUAAUGCAUCAACACCACGUCCUGAACAAACAGAAAUAAUGCAUAUUCUUGAUGGAAAAAGUAAAGGCGAUUCAUUAUUAAAAAUUCUUUAUUUAACACCAGAAAAACUUGCUAAAAGUAAAACAAUUAUGUCUAAAUUACAAAAACUUUAUGAAACAAAACGAUUUGCAAGAUUAAUUGUCGAUGAAGUUCAUUGUGUUUCACAAUUUGGACAUGAUUUUCGACCAGAUUAUAAAUAUUUAUCAAUUUUUAAACGUCAAUUUCCAAAUGUAUCGAUUUUAGGUUUAACAGCUACAGCAACAUUAAAAGUAAUCGAUGAUAUUCGACAAAUAUUAAAAAUUCCACAUUGUGUUUUAUUUCGUGCACCAUUUAAUAGAAAAAAUCUUUUCUAUGAAGUACUUCAAAAGUCUGAUGUAGGAAAAAAUGCUUUUAGUGAUCUUGUAAGUUGUAUUCAACAACGAUUUGAUAAACAAUCAGGUAUUGUUUAUUGUUUAUCACAAAGAGAUGCUGAAGAUGUUUGUGUUGAAUUACAACGACAUAGUAUGUAUCUAUUUUUUGAGGAUGUGGGU